GCAGGAGCGCUACGAGACAGAAUGCUGGACCCUGUCGAUGGAGCUGGGGGCCAAGCUGAGCGAGGUGCAGAGACAGAACGCCAGCCUGCGUUGCGAGCGCCAGGCCCUGGAGCGGAAGCAGAGCCAGCUACAGGCGAGGCUGGAUUCCACAUCGGGGACGGUACUGUACCUGAGCCGGCAACUAAAAGCCGAGCAGAACGCCACGAGCCAGGCCGGUUUCUGCCUGGCCAGCGUCAAGUCCAGCGCCCGCUCGCUGCGGUUCUACACCGGCUUCGAGAACUACGCCAAGUUCGACGCCUUCCUGCGCUUCGUCACGCAGGACGCGGGCCUGUGCGCUGGCAAAAUCCGCGGCCAGCCGGCGCACGAGGGCCCGGAGGGCGGUGCGCACGGCACGCUGAGCCACGGGGACCAGCUCCUCCUGGUCCUCGCGCGCCUCCGCUUGGGGCUCCUACUGCAGGACCUGGCCUUCCGCUUCCGCGUCUCCGAGACCACCGUCUCCCGGGUCUGGCUCAACUGGACAGAUGUCAUACGCACCAGGCUCCUCCAGAUUCCUGUGACUUGCAGCCUCAAGUAUAUCCAGAGUUUUGAGCCCAAGCGAGUCCUGAAACACCAGGGAGGGGAAACCCUGACCCUUCUCGACUGCACUGACCUGAUCUUCGAGGCCCAGGCCAAAGACCGAGGGGCAAGGCCCCGCGGCUUGUUCCGGCCCUACCGCAGCCAUUACUCCCGGUGUGGAUACGUCGUGGUCUCUCAAAGUGGAUACCUCACCUUCGCCUCGGGUCCUGCGGCCGGAGAGGAAGCUGGCGAGGAGGAAGACGAGGAGGAGGAGGAGGAGGAAGGAGGGGGGCCGGGGGCGGCCGAGGAGGGCGGGGGCCGGGCCGGGGGCGUGGCGCGGAUGAAGCUGCCGGAGUUUUUCUUCGGGGGGUCCCUGACGGAUGAGCAGCGUUCGGUGAGCCGGCAAGUGCUGAGCAUCAGGAGUCACGUGGAUAAGGUGCUCAGCUUCCGCUUCCUGAGGAGCGCCCACCCGCGGACCAUGGAGACCCAGGUGGACCGAGCAUGGACCAUUUGCUGCUACUUGGCCUGCCUCAAUCACAAGCCCAUGGGUCUCGAGUGAGAGACGCCACGCUCCUCCCCAAAACCUCGCGGGCACCGCGAACCGCACGCGUUUCCACCCCUCUCUCUCUCUCUCUCUCUCUCGUUUAUUUUCGUUGUUGUUGUUGUUGUUUUUGCCAUUAAACGUCGAAACUUU